AUGGUGCGAGGCAUCGUCCUGCUUCCCCCCUUGUCGCUCACAUUCUCACUCUGGCCCAACCGCCAGGGCAAGACGCGGUUGUCCAAGUGGUACGUGCCGCCGCCCGAGGACCAGGAGAAGGCGCGACUGGAGGCCGAGAUCCACCGCCUCGUCGUGGCGCGCGACGCCAAGCACACCAACUUCAUCGAGUUCCGCAACUACAAACUCAUCUACCGCCGCUACGCCGGACUCUUCUUCAUCCUGGGCGUGGACCUCGCGGCCAACGAGCUGCUCGGGCUCGAGACCAUCCACUUGUUCGUCGAGCUGCUGGACCAGCAGUUCGCCAACGUCUGCGAGCUCGACAUCGUCUUCAACUUCAACAAGGUCUACUCUAUGCUGGACGAGUAUAUCCUCGGUGGCGAAGUGCAAGAGACCUCCAAGCGUGAGAUGCUCGACCGUAUCCGCGAACUGGAGAAACUCGAGUAA